UCUAGAAACAAAGUUUUUUGUUAUUGUCCCCAUUUUUUUGAUCUCCGCGAACUAUGUGGCUUUGGUUUGAAAACAACGACUAGAAUAAGCACAGUUUAUUGGAUUGGAUGGAAGUGAAGCAUUUUAUGGUGGAACAUAGGAAGGAGUUACUUGGAUUCAAAGCAGUAUUUUUGACUGGUAGACUUUUGGAUCGAAUGUCGUUUUGAUGGUUGAAAGAACUUAAAAGAUUGGGAACUAAGGGAAAAUAUCACAGCACUUCGCUUUGUAUCGACGGUGUUCAAGUCGUCAUUUUCUAAGGAAGAUGAUCCUCAUCACUCUACUACUGAUUACAAUAACCACAACAGAGUUCGCCGUUGGCAUGGAAGGUACAGUACCGGUAGAGACCUGCAAGUUCCUAUCUUACAACUUCAGACAUGUGUUUAAUGAUCCAACGCAUGAUAUUACCGUCAACAAAAUCAGCCCAAACAAGGAAACGCUGGAUAGUUUGAAAACGUUCAUCGUCACAGCCAAGAAACGAUGUUCAAUUUCUGUCAAAAAUAUCACGUAUGAUGAGAAGAGGUUUGAGCAAUUCACGGAAAUCACGGAAAGGACGCAACUCCUGGUUUCGGCAGAUAAAAACAUCACAAAAGCUACAGACAGAUUAACGGAGCUGAAACUGUGUUUGGAUGCGUUGAUCAACGGAAUUAGCGCAAAUUCACUGAAGCUCAAUGUGUCGGGAGAUUUAAAGGCGGGAAUUAAUGGAGGUAGAGCGAGAAAUGCGGUAGAGAAGUCUUGCUGUCAUGUCUUAUACCAAUAUCCUGUGAUCAUAAACAAAUGCUGCAGACCUGGCUUUGUCGAGAAGGAUGAUUACUGUGCUUGCCCGAAAGGACAUUUUCUGAAUAAAAGUCGAUGUGACGCCUGUCCAGAAAAUACGUAUCAACCGAAAACUAUGAGCAUCGGAUGUUUAUCGUGUCCAGAUGGGACAUUAACUUAUGGAAGAAGAGGAGCUGAAAGCCUUUCCUCUUGUUUGCAAGCGUGUUCGCCUGGGAAGCGAUACAAUUCUACGUCAGAAAGAUGUGAAGCUUGUGAAAAGAACACUUACCAACCACUGGUGGGGCAAACAUUUUGUACCGCUUGUCCAAACAACACAGUCACGGAGAAAACUGGAAACACAAAGAAGGAGGAUUGUGUGGAAUAUUGCUCAGAGGGUACGUUUUACAGCUUGGAGAGUAGAAACUGCGAACUUUGUCCAAAGAACACCUUUCAACCAGGAAAAGGACAGUUCAAAUGUAUAUCAUGCGAAUCAGAUAGGAUUACCACAUCCAAUGGAUCGAAGAUUGAGGCAAACUGCAUAAAAAAUUGUUCCCGUGGGUUAUUCUUCAAUCAAACCACACAGGAAUGUGAAGGGUGUCCUCUUCACACUUUUCAACAAACUUUUGCCAGCACAAAGUGUAACGAUUGUCCCAAUGGAAGAAUUACAGUCAACACUUCCAGUAAAACGCAAGAUGAUUGCAUUCAAAAUUGUCCAGCUGGAACAGCGUACAACUUUACAAGCAAAAACUGCGUGAACUGUCCGUUGAAUACGUUCCAGCCACACGCUGGUCAAACAGCAUGUCUUUCUUGCCCAUCGGGGAAGAUUACCGUUAAUACUUCAACUGUCAAGAAAGAAGAUUGUAUAAAAGAAUGUGAACCUGGAUUGAUAUUCAGCCAUGAACAGGGAAUGUGUACCUUUUGUACAUACGACACUUACAAGCCAACCAGAGGACAAACGGAAUGCAUCAAAUGUCCAAACGGAACAGUCACGUACAAAGACGGGCCUAACAUUAACAUAACAGAUUGUGGAGAAGAGUGCAAGCCUGGCAAUCGCUUCAACAGGGCCUUGUGGAGAUGCGAAAAAUGCCCACGAAACACGACGCAGCCAAACAAGGGACUAGAAAUCUGUAUCACAUGCCCAGCUGACCGUCCAAUCACAGAGCAUGAAGGAACUGUUGAAGAGCGUGACUGCAUUGGGGUGUGUCAACCCGGUUCAUUUUACGACAAGACUCAGCAAAACUGCAAAUCGUGCGAAAAGAAAUCAUACCAGCCAAAUUCCGGGGCUUCUCGCUGCGAAAAAUGUCCUCAAAACCACACAACGUUUGAAACGGAAUCAACAGCCCUAGAGCAGUGUGUCAAAGAAUGUUCGCCCGGAUCUCAUCAUGUCAAUAAGACGGAGAAGUGUAUUUUAUGCGAGAAGGAUAGUUAUCAAAGCCAAUCGGGGCAAGAAAGCUGCAUAAAAUGUGAAAAUGGUGAAAUGGCAUUUCACGAAGGAAGCACCGAUAAAGCGGAGUGUUUUGCAGUUUGCACAGCUGGUCACUACCACAACAACGUCACAAAAAUUUGUGAUCCGUGCCCGCGGAACACCUACCAACCGUUGCAGCGGCAGUUCAAUUGUACGGCCUGUCCUCAGGGGACAGUGACGCAAUUCAGAGGGACUACUUCAUUUGAGAAAUGUCUGUGGGAAUGUGACAAAGGAUUUUACCACGACAGCAAGACAAACACAUGCAAGGAAUGCCCUAUUGGGACGUAUAAAGACAUAACAGGACGUACAGCCUGUGUGGAGUGCGGUUCUGGAUACACGACAAUUACGAAUGCGACCGUCAGUUUCCUGCACUGCAUCGAAAACUGUGGCAAAGGACAAUACUACAACACCACCCGCGGAAAAUGCCUGCCCUGCCCGCAAGACAGCUAUCAAGAUCAAGAGGGCGAAUUAUCUUGCAAACUUUGUCCGAAUGGUCGUAUAACAAAUGAAACAGGCGCUAGAAGUAUCAACGAAUGCUUUAUUUUAGAAGAAAUCGAGCAGUCUUCAGAAACCUCCAGCGGCGAAGACCUGAGAAUAGUUGUGGGUAUUCCUGUCGUAUUGACGGUUGUCGUAAUUACGGCUUGCUUGUUGGCACUCUUCAGCUAUCGAAAAUGGCGAAUAAAAGAAAACAUCAGGAGAAUGUCCGGAAGGCCUUUGGAUCCUCGCGGAAGAAAUUUCACUGACUCCGACCCUGAGACUGGCGAAAGACCCAAACUAGAUUCUAUUGCCUCAAACCAUCAUUACAGAAUGAACGGUACUGGCCUCAAACCAGAUACAGUCAGACCGAGCAUAAGAAUCGCCAACAUUCCGCCAGAGCUGGAAAUUCCGAGAGAGAACCUGAAAUUCCUGGGUCAAGUGUUGGGAAAGGGAAACUUUGGCAAAGUCGAGAAAGCGAUUCUAUUGAAAGACGGGACGGAAAAUGUGGUGGCCGUGAAAAUGAUUAAAGGUGGAGGAACAUUUUCGGAUGAGAAGGAACUGUUCGAUGAGUUGGAGAUGUUGGCCAGUAUUUCUCCAAAUCCUCACCCGAAUAUCGUCAACCUUGUUGGUGGAAGCACGGACAGUAAUGGUCCAUUAUUCGUGGUCGUAGAAUAUUGCGGUGAAGGUAAUCUCUUGAAAUAUCUCCAGAAACAUCAAGUUCAAACGAGACAAGAAUAUGUAAACAUCAUUCCCAAAGCGGGGAAAGCUGGCCUACGGUACGAGUGGAAACUGCAAAAGGCGUUGGAAGUUUGCCACGGUAUGGCUCACUUGGCAAAAUUCAAGAUCAUUCAUAGAGAUGUCGCGGCAAGGAAUGUUUUACUAGAUGAUCAUUUGGUGGCUAAAAUUUCCGACUUUGGCAUGGCCAGAGAUAUUUAUGUCAAACAAAUUUACCGUAAGGAUACAGAGGGAUUUCUGCCUGUACGCUGGAUGGCUAUAGAAUCUUUGGAAUCAUUCAUUUAUACCACUCAGAGCGACGUUUGGUCAUUUGGUAUUCUUUUGUGGGAGAUUAUUUCGGAUGGUCGUGUUCCGUACAACAACAUUCUGGAUCACACGCAGCUCUUGAACUUUAUCAAAUCAGGAAGGAUCAUGAAAAGGCCGAAAAAUUGUCCGAAAGAUUUAUAUCAUAUUAUGGUGAAAUGUUGGUCCACAAAUCCAGAAGACAGACCAUCAUUCAAAUCUCUUGAAGAUGCGUUGGAAGUUCUUUAUGAAGACGAAGUCAACAAGGAUGAAGCGCUACCACAAAGAAUCUUUCGCAAAUUCAGCAGCCGACGAAAAAGGCGGAAAAAUGACGGUGACAACGACAAUUCCUCAGGCGGAAAAUCGCGCGCGAAAAAAACGCUCAGCAAUUCGUCGGGAAAGAAAAUCCCUAAAAUCGAAGAAGAGGAAGAUCCGGAUUUAAAAACAAACAAAAGAGCCGACAAAAAUUCGAUAAAAAUGGGUGUUUUAGAAGCAGAAAAACCCAAAGAAACAGUGAGCAAUAAAUUUGAAAACCAAGGCUAUCGUAAAUCAAGAAGCUCGACUUCAGAGGGUCCUAGUAGCCCAAACAAAAACAAUACGACAUUAAAUGCAAACACUUCCGAAUUGGGUAGAAUUUCGGAAGCGCCUGCGAGUAGGCAAAUGGAGGGAACAGGAAGCUUUUCUCCGGAAGACAAACCUGAUGUCAGAGAGAGAACUUUAUUUGAUAAUGUGGAAGCAUCAGCUCUCUCGUCACGGCAAGAUAUUGGAGGAAAUGAACACAUUACACAAACAGCUGAUGGAUCAGACCGAUUUGAAACAGGGUAUAUAUAGUUCAACAAUAGCCGAAGAACACUCAGGAGACGGAACGACCAAGGAUGUUCUCCACGGAUUGUUAAUAUGUUUUAUACAUUUUCAUAAUUUAUAUCUGUACAGAACUGACAGUUAGCGCAAGCAUCCUGCGUAUAUAUUACAUCCAUAAAAGCUGCGGCACAAACCAGAAGUUAUAAAUACAAUCAGCAUAGUACGGGAAAUUCGACAAAGUGUUACCAACUAUAUUUAACACACACACAAUGUAUCAAAAUUAAUUGUGCUCCAUGAAAAAUUAGUUAUUAACAUGACAGGAAUUAUAC